GGACGCAUCGAAACGCACCCGAACCGAACCGGGACACAGCGGGGACACCGGGAGCAGCACCGGGACACAGCGGGUGCCACCGGCCCGGGAUGGCGCUGUCCCCCGCCCGCCGCCUCCUGGCGCUGCUGAGCCCCGAGCGCUGGAGCUGCGCAGCGGUGGCGGCGCUGAUGGUGGCCUCGGUGCUGGGUGAGGUGGCUGUCCCCUACUUCACAGGCCGUGUCACUGACUGGGUGGCCAACGAGGACGAGCUGGGGGCUGCUUGGCCCAUGGCCCUGCUGGGGCUCAGCAGUGCCAUCAGUGAGUUCAGCUGCGACGUGGCGCUCGCUGGCACCCUGGGCCGGGCUCUGGGGCGGCUCCAACGCCGCGUCUUCUCCUCGCUGCUGCGCCGGGACGUUGGGUCUCUGCGGGCAGCGGGCGCCGGGGCGCUGGCGGCGCGGCUCACGGGGGACGUGGAGGCCGUUGGGACGGCCCUGGCUGAUGCUCUCGGCCUCCUGCUGUGGUACCUGGCCAGGGCCCUGUGCCCUCUGCUUGCCAUGGCCUGGCUCUCGCCCCUCCUGGCUGCUGGCACCCUCCUGGCGCUGCCUGUCCUCGUGCUGCUGCCCCGCGCCGUCGGCGACAUCCAGCAGGGGCUGGCACGACAAGUGCAGGAGGCGCUGGCAGAUGCCACCAAAGUGGCCGUGGAGACCUUCCAGGCCAUGGCCACCGUGCGCAGCUUUGCCCACGAGGCCGGGGCAGCCGAGAGGUACCACGAGAGGCUGCGCCACGUGUGCCAGCUGGAGGGCAAAGAGGCGGCCACCUACGCAGCCACGCUCUGGGCCAGCGGGCUCUCGGCGCUGGCCCUGAAGCUGGGGCUGCUCUGCUGCGGGGGACACUUGGUGGCCACAGGGACCAUCACCACUGGGGACCUUGUCACCUUCCUCAUCUACCAGAUGCAGUUCACUGAGGCUGUGGAGGUCCUGCUCCGCUACUAUCCCAACAUGACCAAGGCUGUGGGUUCCUCAGAGAAGAUCUUUGAGUUCCUGGACCAGGAGGAGCAGGUGACACCCAGGGGGACACUGGUACCUGAUGUCCUUCAAGGCCACCUCCAGCUUGAGGACGUCUGGUUCUCCUACCCUGGGCAGCAAGAGCCCAUCCUCAAGGGCCUGUCCCUGGAGCUGUGUCCCGGGGAGGUGCUGGCAGUGGUGGCCCCACCAGGGGCAGGGAAGAGCACCCUGGUGUCCCUGGUGCUGGGGCUGCAGCCACCGACGUCUGGGAGGGUGCUGCUGGAUGGACGCCCCCUCCGUGCCUACCAGCACCCCUACCUGCGCUGCCAGGUGGCCGCUGUGCCCCAGGAGCCCAGGCUCUUCUCCCGCUCCCUCCACUCCAACAUCUCCUACGGGCCGAGGCCGUGGAGCCGGGCGCAGGUGGCGGCGGCCGCUCGCCGUGCUGGUGCCCACGGCUUCAUCGCCAGCCUGCCCCGUGCCUACGACACAGAGGUGGGUGAGCUGGGGGGGCAGCUCUCCGGGGGACAGCGGCAGGGGGUGGCCAUCGCUCGGGCUCUGCUCAGGGACCCCCAGAUCCUCGUCCUCGAUGAGCCCACCAGCGCUCUAGAUGCCAAGAGCAGGGCACAGGUGGAGCAGGAGCUGUUUGGGGCCGGGCGCACGGUGCUGCUGGUGACGGGCCAGGUGGCCCUGGCCAUGCGGGCACAGAGGGUGGCUGUGCUGGAAGGGGGACGGCUGCACCAGCUGGACUCCCCUGGGGAGCUCCUGAGACCCAGCAGCCGCUACUGGAAGCUGCUGCAGGGCAGGGGACAAGGGGACACACUGGGAGUGAGUGGGAUAUCACUGGGGGCAACUGGGAGUGACUGGGACCUCACGGAGGGCAACUGGGAGUGA